CUCGCUGCAGCAAUAAGCAGCUUUCCAGUCCCAGCUAAGUAUCUGCAGGCGAAAAGAUAGCUUCUGUAUAUGCCUCAGAAAUUUUACUCUAACGAAUAGUGGGCAGCAAUGGGUCCAAUCUCUUAAAGAACCAUUGACCUUCCUCAAUUUUUCGGAUUGUUGUUUUGUGUCGGUCGCGGAUGGAAAUAGAGGAAACUUUCAUUUUUAUAAUAACAAAACUUAGAUUUCUAGUUUAGUGAUCAACAUUCGCGGAUGUGAUUCGAAUGUGUUGUUCUGUGAUAGCAAACUGUCCAGUGGUUCAAUCUUAGUACUAUCAAAACAUGGGUGAAAAGUGGAAGCAGUCGAUAAUUUCCAAUAAAUAUCCAACGAAUCGUGAUGUUCCAUUGAAAAGCGCACAAAGCUGGCUUGAUGGCAGAAGGGAAGAUGAUAAUGCGGAAGGCUUAUGGAGAAUUCACGACUCGCUCUAUGAUUUCAGCGAUUUUAUCCAACGUCAUCCAGGUGGACCAGAUUGGCUCAAACUAACAAAGGGAAUCGACAUAACUGAAUUAUUUGAAGCUCACCACAUAUCUGAAUACCCAGAGAAAAUGAUCGAAAAAUAUAAAGUUCGUGAUACAGAAAAGCCAAGAAACAUUACUCUUACAAUAAAAGAAGAUGGCUUCUACCGGACACUUAAACGUCGCGUGAGGACCAAGCUUGCCACAAUUGAUUCUAAGGAACUGUAUCAAAAAUUAGAUAAUAUUCAUAAUUCUCUACUUGCGGCUUCAUAUCUACUAUGCAUCAUGAGCGCAUAUUACCAAAGUACCUUCCUAGCAUUAAUUGCCGGACUUCUUGUCAACUGGACUGUGAUAAUCGCACACAAUUACUUCCAUCGCAAGGAUAAUUGGCGAAUGUAUACCUUCAACAUAUCGAUGAUGUCUUACCGAGAAUGGAGGAUCUCCCAUGCUAUGUCGCAUCAUAUGUACGCAAACUCAUAUCAUGAUUUGGAGUUGUCAUUGUUUGAACCAUUUCUUUGUUGGAUUCCGAGUCCUGAUCUAAAGAAUUUUGUAACAAGGUAUCUGUCCUGGAUUUACAGCCCAAUCAUAUAUGCUGUAAUACCGAUUUUGCAGUUUGUAAAAAGAUCCGUGCUCAGUGUGAUCCUAGGAACCAAACAACUAUAUUGGGAUGACAUCAUACCAUUCACUAUCCCACUUGCUAUGUACUUCACAGUAAAUAUUCCAUUGCUCACCAUCCUAAAGAUAUGGCUGACCAUGCUGUUAAGUUGCGGAUUCGCAUUCGGACUAAUCGGAUUGACCGCAGCACAUCAUCAUCCCGAAAUCGUUCAUGAUGGCGACGCAAUGAGGGACAAUCGCGACUGGGGACUGUAUCAAAUUGACACAAUUAUUGACCGCAGAGAUCUCAAAGGAUCACAAUUACUGGUUUUAACACAUUUCGGUGAACACAUUUUGCAUCACCUAUUCCCGACUUUAGAUCAUGGGGUCCUGCCAGAACUUUAUCCAGUUUUAUAUGAAACUAUGGCCGAUUUCGAAGGAGAGCUCAGAGAAUGCAGCUGGAUUCACCAUAUCAUCGGUCAAUUCCGGCAAUUGGCCAGAAUCACACCGAACCCUUGCCCACCAGGACAUCAGAAGAGGAAGGGGAACAAACAGAAGUUCAUCUCUGCUCAUUGAUGGAAUUUACUUAAGGUCCUUAAUAUGUAGGGAUUUUCUACAAACACAAUGGAAUUAUACAUAGAACUUAAGGGAUUUUUUUAUACAGGUCGUUUUGUGAUUUAUUAGGUAAGUUAAGGAUAAUUAUUGGUGUUUGAUAAAAUUGUUAGAGAAUUUUUUAGUUACCGUCAUAGACGAGCAUGCACUUCAUUACUAUAAAGACAAAAUACUAAGAACAAAUAAAAAUA